AUGAGUGAUAAAAAGAAAGAAUGUGUACCAAAAAAGAAGGAAGAAACUGGUGUAAAAAUUCAGGGGUCUUCAAGUUCAACGGCUGAGCAACCAAAAAAGGACGAACCCUCCAAACCAGCAGACGCAAAGGAUAAAAAACCUGAUAAUACAGGUGCAUCUGUGGCACCUCAAUCAACAAAAGAAAAGAAAGAAUGUAUACCAAAAAAACCCGCCAGUGAUUUAAAAUCCGCUGAAGGAGCUAAAGCACCGCCAGUUUCAGAUAAAAUUCCCGACAAACCUGCAAGUGAUUCUAAACCUGCUGAAGCUGUAAAACCAACACCACCAGCAGAUAAAAAACCUGACCCUGUUAAGGCACCGGCGCCUACAGCUGAUAAAAAAGAGUGUAUUCCUAAGAAAACAGAAACUCCUAAUACUAAACCAGAACCCCCAAAAGAAGCAGCGAAACCAUCAGAUAAAAAACAGGAGCCUCAAAUAGAUACGUCAAAGCCACCUAAUACUAAACCAGAGCCCCCAAAGGAAGCAGCGAAACCAUCAGAUAAAAAACAGGAGCCUCAAAAAGAUACGGCAAAGCCACCUGAUACCAAAGCAGUUCCUCCUUCAGAUAAGAAAACAGAACCUGCCAAACCAAACAAAGAUCUACCUUACUGUGAACCAAAACCAUCCGAUAAAAAACCCGACCCACCAAAAGAUGCAGCUAAACCAGCUGAUAAAAAACCGGACCCACCAAAAGAUGCAGCUAAACCAGCUGAUAAAAAACCAGACCCACCAAAAGAUGCAGCUAAACCAGCUGAUAAAAAACCAGACCCACCAAAAGAUGCAGCUAAACCAGCUGAUAAAAAACCAGAUCCACCGAAGGAAGUUGCUAAAGCAGCACAACCAACAUCCAAAGCCGGUCUGGAAGAAUGUGAGGAUGAAGGAGCGCCACCAAAAGCAGAAGCAUCAGCAAAAUCAAUCACUGCAAAGCCACCGGCGUCUACAGCUUCUUUGAAGAAAGACGGUAAAAGUGCUGUGGAUAUAUCAAAGUCUUCAGUGACAGUCAACGCUGCAAAUGUUGGGGGUAAAUCAACAACCAGUAUUUCAGAUGAAGAAUGUGAACCUGAAAGUAAUGCAAAUAUAAAACCAGUUUCAUCAGCACCACCACCGAAGCCAUCAUCUCCAGCACCCACUUCUAAGCCAACAGAUAAAAAAGAUAGUAAAGAUGAUGAAUGCUAA